GCCAAAACACAUGCUCCCCAGCUUGCACUUCUUUGAACGUGGCACAUUUAGUGGCUCAAAAUAAUCACGACUUGUUCCGAAGAUCAAGACAGCCAUUCGUCGGGCACCAUUUUGAGGCUAGCUGUUCCAAAACUCAAGUCCGCUUUUCGAGCAGCCUCAACAUCGCGCGAUUGAAAUCGGUUAGAAUCCCUGACAUGCAUUCUUUUGUGCUACGAUUGGUUUUCUUUUUGAUUUGCGGCCUUCAGCGUGCUCUUACAGAUGACCCUCAUGUCGACUACGUUCCUGUUCAAGACAAUGCCUCUAGCAGUACGAUGUAUCUCUGGCGGCCAAUCAACGUGUUUUUCGUCGCCGAUCCGUCCUUUGACGCCCUACAAAAUACCAUUGUGAUGCCAGGGCAAUUAUCAGAGCUCUACAUGUAUACUCAGAGUAUGCUCAAUAUGCUCUCCUUUAUGUACAGGGAAGAGUACCCCGGCUGUGACAUUAAGCUAAGGACCAGCGGAACCCACGUGAUGACGAGCCUUGAAGUGGAUCGUUACAUGCCUACCGCACACGAAACGGGAUAUUUCAAUAGGAUGUGGAUCAAUGUUAGCGAGGCCUACAAGAUUCAGGACUUUGUGGAACAGUAUACUCCUGCAAAAGUAGCGGAUAUCGUCAUCAUGUUGACUGGGUUUGAACUUCACCUUGAAGACGACUGGUAUCACUGGAAGAGUACGUGGUACAACUCCAGCGCGAAGAUGUGCUCCGCUGAAAAACUAAUUGUAUUCUCGGAUUCACCGUACAGUUAUGCUUCGAUGGACGACUUGAAGGAGGCACUCCUCAGCAUGUUGGGAUCAAAUGAAUUCUGGAAGGACGGUAAAGGCAUGUGCACGAUGAUUCGAGACACCUACAGGAACGCAUUGGCCGGGAGAUAUGGGAUGCGGUGUUAUAACACACCGGACAUAUGCUGCAUCCCGUCAUUUUUUGGAAUCUUCAAUAUGAGGGCAAAUUCGUUCUGCACGGGAAAAGGUCUCUACUUCAACCACACGGUUGCGGACGAUGGGCCUUGCUGGACAGCAUGUCUAAAUACUCUGGCGAUAGUGAAGGAUGGAUCGUAUUUCUAUACCUCGUAUUUAUCUCCUACGGGGUGGGUAUGGGACCCAGCUUCAGAUUACAGGUCAAAGUCGCUACUAUGCCCUCGUCCAGAAGAUAAGAUUUGUUCAGGCUUCAGAAAGUCCUCGGUGGGCUACAACAGCGACCCCAAGCUGGGCUACACCUACAAGAAAUUCCAAAGGAUACUCAGCUACAUAUGGGAACUGGAUGACUACGAACUUCCCGACAUGGAUCCAGAAAUCUGCCGUUUACAGAAGAAAUGAUAUGCUGACGUUUCAAGGUCAAAAUAAAGCAUGCGUGUCGCAUAUCCUCA